AACGCGAGUGAACCGGCUGGCUCGAGCGCGCGCCACUUCUGAUUCUGGCGCAACAUUUCAUAACCUGCCUCGUGCAGUCUUCAUUGACCGUUUGUUUGUUGUCGCGUUAGCUUCAAUUGGCGCGAAAAUGUCGCAGAGAAGUAUCACGUCGUUUUUCGGCAAAAAGGACGGCUCCAAAGUCGAAAAUAAAAAUGGUGAUAGCGAUGUGAAGAAAGCCAAGGAAAAGGCGAUGGAAAAAGUGGAGGCAGUCGGUGGAAAGCGCAAGCGAGACAAGAGCAGCGAGGCGAUCAAGUCGCCGAAAGCCGCCAAGAAGUCCUCGACGAAUGAUGACAGAAAGUCCAAGGAUGGAAAGCGUAAGAGUUCCGAGGACAAAUCUCCACCGGCUCAGGUUGCUAAAAAAUCCAAACUCAAUGAGUCCAAUGGCAAAGUUAACGGCAAAAAAGACAGCGACAAGGGCAAGAACAAGAAAGAUUCCAAGGACGAGGUGACUAGCAAAAAAUCCAAGUUGAAUGAUUCCAGUAGCAAAAAGAAAAACAAAAAAGAGGAUGAGAAGAAGAAGGAAAAAAGCAAAAAAUUGGAUGAUUCCACCUUGAGCAACGAAGAUGAAGAAGAGGAUGAGGAGAUUGAAGAUGUCGACAGUGAUGAUGAUGAUUCAUCAGAACCUGCCUCUGAGGACAGCGAAGAAGAAGUUGCACCUACUCGAGUACUGAGGAGUGCACGCAGAGCUGAAAGCAAAGCGGCUGUCACUGCUAAAAAGCUAAGUAGUCUUGUUGAUGAUGAUACUUCUUCGGAUGAAGAAUCUAAACCAUCUGCUUCUGGUUCCAAUAAAGUCAGUAAUAUUAUUGAUGAUGACGACGAUGAGUCUGACGAUGAAGACUUUGAUCCAAUCAAGGAAAAAGAGAAGGUGCUCAAGAAAAAACUUGAAGGUUCUAGCUCAUCUCUUUCUGCUGAAGAAGCUUCUGAUGCAGAAUCUGAUGAGCCCAGCCAAAUGGAGGUAGAUGAAGAUGAAAGUAGCAUUGAGGAGGAAAAAGAACAGAAAAAAGAAAAAGUAACCAAGGGUAAAGCUACACCUGCAAGUAAAAAAUUAAAAGCUUUUGCACGUGAAGAAAAAUCGCCUGCCAAGGAUGAAAAAGAAAAUGAAGAACCAAAGGAUAACGAUGUCAAAACCAAGGAAGAUAAAUCAGCAAAGGAGGACAAAAAGGAAACUGAUGAUAGUGCAGAAGAAAAGUCAGAGGCUAGCAGCAAUGAAGAUGACAAGGUCCAGUCCAAGACAGAAGUUGAUUCUAAAGAAUCAAAAGGUGAAAGUAAUUCAGAAGAAAAUAAUUCUGAAGUAAAUGGUAAGUCUCCAGAGAAAAAUGAUAACUGUGGUAAGGAAUCAAAUAAACAUAAUCAAGAUGAUGAAAUUAAAAAGAUGAAAUCUCCAUCCCCUAAGAAAGUCAAUCCAUUUGCUAGUUUAGGUAAAGGAAAACAAAAUAAAACAAACGACUCGGCGAACUACGAUCCUUCAUCAUCAUCAUAUCAUCCCAUAAACAGUGCUUUCUGGAAAGCAGGAGAGAAAGUACCAUAUCUAGCUUUAACUAAAACAUUUGAACUUAUCGAGGGUAUCAGUGCUCGAUUGAAAAUCAUAGAAAUUCUUUCAAAUUACUUUCGUUCUGUUAUAACUUUGAGUCCUGAUGAUUUUCUUGCAAGCAUUUACUUGUGCUUGAAUCAAUUGGCUCCUGCUUAUGAAGGCUUGGAACUUGGAAUUGCAGAAACUAAUCUAAUGAAAGCUAUAGCAAGCUCAACUGGUAGAACACUUGCUCAAAUUAAAGCCGAAAUGCAGAAAGUUGGAGAUCUAGGCAUAAUUGCUGAAGGAAGUCGUUCAAACCAGAAAAUGAUGUUUCAACCUCCACCUCUUACUAUCAAUACAGUUUAUACUAAAUUGAAAGAAAUAGCCUCCACUUCUGGACAAUCUUCUGGGUUAAAAAAAGUUGACAAAAUCCAGUCAUUAUUCGUGGCUUGUCGUCAUUCAGAAGCUAGAUAUCUCAUCAGAUCAUUGGCUGGUAAACUCAGGAUAGGUCUUGCUGAACAAUCUGUUUUGCAAGCAAUAGCUUUGGCCUGUGCCAUGACACCACCAGAACAAAAAAGACCUUUUGAAAAACUUAAUGCUUCAAAAGGCAUAUCUUCAGAAUCAUUUAAAGCUAAAUAUGAUGAACUAGCACUGAUUUUAAAAACAACUUAUUGUCAGUGUCCAAAUUAUAACAAAAUCAUUCCAGUUCUUCUUGAGAAAGGCAUCAAGGAAUUACCAAAUGAAUGCAAGCUCACACCAGGUAUUCCAUUGAGACCUAUGCUUGCUCAUCCAACUAAAAAUAUUCAAGAAGUAUUGAGCCGCUUUGAUGGACUCAAAUUCACGUGUGAAUUUAAAUACGACGGUGAACGAGCUCAAAUUCAUAUUGAUGAAAAUGGUGCAGUAAAAAUAUUUAGCAGAAAUCAAGAAGAUAAUACAAGUAAAUAUCCUGAUAUUAUCAGUCGUGUUCCUAACACCAAAGGAGAAGAAGUGACAAGCUGCGUUUUGGAUUGUGAAGCUGUAGCCUGGGACAAGGAAAAGAAGCAAAUUUUACCUUUCCAAGUUCUUAGCACUAGAAAGCGCAAAGAUGCAAAUGAAGCUGAAAUCAAAGUACAAGUUUGCGUUUUUAUAUUUGAUUUAUUAUAUUUCAAUGGCACAGCCUUGGUUCAAGAACCAUUCCAAAAGCGACGUGAAAUGCUCAGAAAACACUUCAAGACCGUUGAAGGAGAAUGGUAUUUCGCCGAGAGUCUCGACACGCAAUCAAUCGAAGAAGUACAAGAGUUCCUGGACGUAUCCAUCAAAGGAAACUGCGAAGGUCUCAUGAUCAAAACAUUAGAAAAAGAAGCAACAUACGAAAUAGCAAAACGUUCGCGCAAUUGGCUCAAGCUCAAAAAAGAUUAUCUCGACGGCGUCGGCGAUACAUUGGAUCUCGUUGUAAUUGGAGGCUACAUCGGCAAAGGCAAGCGUACUGGUACUUACGGCGGUUUUCUCCUGGCUUGCUAUGACCAGGAAAAUGAAGAGUAUCAAAGCAUAUGUAAAAUUGGUACUGGUUUCUCCGAAGAUGAUUUGGCUAAACAUACUGAAGCUCUCAAAGAGCUGGUCACCGAGAAACCCAAACCGUAUUUCCGUUACGACUCCAGUCUUGAACCAGACCAUUGGUUCGAGCCAAAACUCGUCUGGGAAGUUAAAUGUGCCGAUAUGUCAAUUUCGCCAGUACACAUGGCUGCAAAGAGUAUCGUCGAUCCGGAAAAAGGAAUAUCCCUUAGGUUCCCGAGAUUCAUUAGGAUAAGAGAAGACAAAAAUUCCGAAGAUGCUACGUCGUCCCAACAAAUAGCUGACAUGUAUCUGAGUCAGGAACAAAUUAAGAAUCAGAACACAACAUCUUCUGGCGUUGCAGAAGAAGACUUCUAUUAAAGUUUCAAUUCAAUUGUAAUUUUAUUUUUAUAUUUAGAGAAGGACCAAUUGUAAAUCAUAAUUGUUUAUGUUAGAAUGCGAUAAAUGAUUGUAUAUAUUACUUCUUGUUUUUGUUCAAAAUUGACAAAAUGAUUAAUUGUUUAAUCUUGAAAUGUUGCGUUAAAAUUAUAAUCGUUAAAAAAUCAUUGCAAUAGUUAAUAGUUAUUAUAACUGUAUCUUAAAGAUUCACAGUAUAUAUUUUCAAUAAAAGUUGCCGAUCAAAUGCUA